CUCAUUGGUUUGAAUGUUGGCUCGCGCACAGCUCAUCUCUGCGCUUCUUUAACCGGCUCCAUCUUUCUUUCUCUCUUUCUUUAAUUAUUGCUUAACGUCCGCCACACGGCGAUAACAAGACACGUAUGAUUUUACUUUAACAAGCAGAUUACAUGAGUAUAGAAGAAUAUCUUGAAGACGAUGAAGAACCACCUUUACUGCUCUGCUCCCGUGUGUCUCAUCCUGUUGGAGAUAUGGGGGACACUGGCAGCGCAGUGCCGUCAGGACGAGGGGUGUGUGUGUGAUCUCUGUCCAGCCGGGCAGGAGCCCACGGCUUGUGGGGAAGCUGAAGAUCCCGGCGUGACUGGAAUGUGCCGAACAUGCCCAGCAGGCACCUUCUCAGACACCAAUGACGCUGCGCCGUGCCGCCCGCAUACUUCCUGCAGUAAACUCAACCGCUGGGUCCUGACCGCACCGACCUCAGUGUCUGACGCUGUGUGUGGAGGAUGUCUUCCUGGGUUUAACCCUGCUGCUACACGGAAGUCCUUCAUCCUCCACACCUGCGUCAGGAAGCCAUACAGCCGGCGGAGGCGUAACGUUGGUAAAAGCACCUCCACCAGGACUGGAGCUGAAGGUGCCAACUCCACCGCCGUUCACGGCCCUGAGGAGAAGAGCACCGAAUACGCUGUGUUCGCGCUGGUGCCCAUCUUCUGCGUCAUGGGGCUGCUGGGAAUUCUCAUCUGCAACCUGCUGAAGAAAAAGGGCUUCCGGUGCAACGCUGAGAAAGAGGGAGUGGAUGAAGAGUCUGCCACACCGGAGAAAGAGGGAAACCCGUGUCCCUAUGUUGUUGAUGAUCCCAACGAAGACACCAUCAGCAUUCUGGUCCGGCUCAUCACAGAGAAGAAAGAAAACGCAGCCGCUUUGGAAGAACUUCUGCUGGAUUAUGAGACUAAACAAAUGGCUCUCAGCAAGUCUUCAUCCAUCAAGAUUCCGGCUCUUCCUCAUUUCUCCCAGUUCCGCUCGCUGCCCCGGCUGUGUUCUCACCAGCAUCAUUUGCACACGAUAAACGGACUUGCCCCUCGCUCUGGGCUCUACUGUUCCCGCUGCAGUCAGAAGAAAUGGCCCGAGCUGCUGCUGCCCACCCUGCCACUGCCCGCCGAUACGCACAAAAGCCCUGACCUGGUCAAGACCCCCCUGCCCGGAGGAGAGGUCACCAUUCUCUCUGUCGGAAGGUUUCAAGUUGCUCAGAUCCCGGAAAUGAAGUCCGGCUGUAAGGAUGCGACCCAGACAGAAUCCAGCGACACAGACUCUGUGGACAGUGCCCAUACUGAGCUCGUGGAAGAGAGGUCACUACUGGGUGUGUCUUCAUCGUCUAACUCCGCCUCUUCAAAGUGCAGACAGGAAAUAAGCAUAUGAAAGAUUGGAGAAGACCAUGCAUUAAACAGACCCUUCUUGCGGAUGACAUCAUCAGUCGGCGACAGAUCAGGGCAGAUAUGUGGCGGUGAUGUCAGUAUUCACCCCUUGAGGAGCCUUGAAUUCACGUCUUUAGGAAACAUUGUAUUUAUUGAAUAAGUAACAUUUUAUUAUAAAAGCAAUAUUGUCUGUGUCUGUUAGCAGAUAGGAGGAGCCAUCGUGCUUCCAUUAGGCACUACAGAGAGUCUUCAUUCAUCAUGUGGCUCAAAGCCUCUACUGCUGACUGACAUGUUGCACAACAGCACUCAGAACAAUGAGACUCUAGUGAGAAGUAUUAUUGAGAAAUGCUGAUAGACUGAUCUACGUCUUUUUUUUUUUAGCUCUGUUACUGUUUUUUAUUCUUUUUAUUUUAUUUCAAACGAGUUGAAUUUGUACAGUCAUGGAAAUAAGUUUGUCUUGUUUUGUUACAAUAAAGUUAUCCAAAAAUCAUUCAAAAUCAGUCAUCAGUUUCA